AUGCACUGCUUCGAAGGUGUUACUGCCAUCCUAUUUGUUGUGGCAAUGUCCGAAUACGAUCUGAAAUUGGCCGAAGAUCAAACCACCAAUCGGAUGCAUGAAUCUCUGCGAUUGUUUGAAUCUAUUUGUAAUAGUCAGUGGUUUGUGGAAACUAGCGUCAUUCUGUUUCUGAACAAGAAGGAUUUGUUUCUGGAAAAGAUCAAAACGUCUCCGUUAACAAUCUGUUUCCCCGAAUACACUGGAUCGCAAACAUUUGAGGAAACCUCGUCCUACAUUAGAAGCAAAUUCGAAGAACUGAACAGACGAAAGGCCACAAAAACCAUCUAUACGCACUUCACGUGUGCAACCGACACGAACAAUAUUCAAGUUGUCUUUGACGCGGUCAUCGAUGUGAUAAUCAAAUCCAAUUUGAAGGAUUGUGGUCUAUUUUGA